AUGGAAACUUUUCAUUCUUUCUUUCUCGAAACUACUUCUUUCAGACGGCACUUUUUUUUUGAUUUCUCAUUUCCAUUUUUCUUUUCCAUUUCUCUUUUAUUUCCCCACUCACUUUUUUUGAUUUUCUUUGCAAAUUAUUCUUUUUCCAUUUCUCUUUUCUUUUCUCUCGCAUUUUCAUCAUUUUUUUUCAUUUUUUACAUUUACUCUAUUUUUCAUUUUUUCUUUUUUAUUUACUUUUCUUUUUUUGAUACAAUCAUUUAUUCUCUUUUUCAUUUCUCUUUUAUUUUCAUUUUCCAUUUUCAUUUUUUUCUUUUAAAUACAUCUUCCAUUUUUAAUUUUUUUGAAGCUUUCUUUAUAUGUUUCUUUCUUUCUUUUCCUUUUCUUUUCUUUCUUUCGUUGAAUACCAUUUUUCUUUCUUUCAAUUUUUUCUCUUUUUCCAUUUCUCUUUUUUUUUUUUCUCUCAUUUUCCAUUUUUUUUUCAUUUUGUCUUUUCAUUUCCAUAUUUUUCUUUUUUUUUGUUUCUUUCUUUCUCUCUUUCUUUCUUUCUUUCCAAUUUCCUUCUUUCUUUCGUAA